AUGCCUCGCAGCCGCACUCGCACCUCGUCCUGCGCCAUCCCCGCGCCCCCACGCUCAAAGGCGGGCUGCUGGACAUGUAGGAUCCGUCGUAAACGCUGCGACGAGCAACAGGACGAGUCUGGAGCUUGCCAGGCUUGUGUCAGGCUCGAUAUCGACUGUCUAGGAUGGGGAACUCGCAGACCAGACUGGUGCAGGGACAAGGACAAGCUUGCAGAAUACAAGCUCAGACUCAAGAGGAAACUCUGCACCCGUGCUGGCACACGCCCGUCUGCAGCUCGCCACGCCCAGCCCACUCAAAUGGCCUCGACGUCGACCACUGAACCCGCGGAAGAGAGAGACCAAGUCGAGUCCCAGGUCGAUGAAGACGAAAAGGACACUGGCAAGUGCGACCACUCCCGAUCCGUACGACUCUCUGACUUAUUCUGCGCACGUCCAGGCUUUGAACUCUUUGACAACCCGGAAUGCUGGCAGUUCUCCCCCGAGUUUACGCUCCCAACGUCCACCUGCAACCUCCAGGCGACAUACUCCAAAUCGGCCUUGGCCAGCCUCGUCCCGCAUCUGUACUCGCUCACCCAGCCCGUCCCCUCUGCCUAUCGCACCCUCCUCCACCAGAUUCUCGAUUUGCAUCAAUAUAAAUCCUCCGUCUGCGCCGCACCAGAGACCGUCGCCAGUCGCGCACGCGCAGUCGAAGAGGCACUCGAGCUUCUUGCCCGCCGCGCCCAUUUUAAUACCGCGUUUACCUCUCUCACCGGGUUUGAAUUCGAUCCGACGGCAUUCCUCUUCGACUCUCAUCAAUCCCCGCAAACAGCGACCAUGGCAGGCAUGUUUAGCCCCUCGACCCCGUUCUCGCCCCUCAGCGACAACUCGUAUGGUCUCCUCUCGCCCGCGACGACAAUGUGGAGCCCAGAUCUCGUCCCUGACACUCUCUCGAGCGCCCCGACGUCCCCUGCCGUCCCCGGUCUUACGCCCAUCAUUCCGACGUCCAACCUGCUGUCCAACGUCAACGACUGGUUUGCUGGUUACGACCAUUUCCAAUCUCCGACCUAUAUGGCACCAACCCCUUCCACUCCGGCCCAACAGCACGCGUCGCUCGACAUGCUCGGCUUGAGAUUGGGAUUGGAUGGGCUCGAACUGGGCAUUGACGGUGCGAACCAUGGUGCGAGCGAAGAGUAUCUCAUCUUCCAAAACGACCACCUCGCUCACCCGCAAAUCUCCCUUUUCCCACCUUCGCCAUCGCAAUCCAAGUCGCUUCCUUCCCCCGCCGCGGCCUCGUCGUCUUCCAUGCCAUCUCCUCCUCCAGUACACCAACCAUACUCGUCGCCAAGGUCCGAGACGGAGAAUGCAGAUCCAUUCGGGAUCCACCACAAGACGUGCUUGCUCCUCUUGCACACCCUCGUCCUCGGUUCUCCAAUCCACGAAACCGAGCGUCUACUCCAAGACUUGACGGCGCAGUUUUCGGGUCUGACGACGUUGGCAGGGUGCGUCGAGUAUGCGUUUGCCGCCCUUCUUGCGGGUGCAUUGAGCACGUCGGCGGACCGACGCGCGCUCUUCCGUGACGUGGUCAAUUCCAUCGAGUCGACGACGACGAUGACGAUCAACGUCAAGGCGACUGGGCUUGCUAUGGGCCAGUGCGAGAGCUUGCUUUGCGAGGCGUGGAAUGCCUGCUAA